UGUGAGAUAGCCAGGAAUUAGUCAGCAGGUUUAUUGCAGUACGAUCAAGAUAAAGUGGCAUAGUCUGUGAUUAACAGAAAGCCGAUGCCCUUGGCAAAAGACAUCUGAAUGAUAGGAACUAGGAGAUCCCCUCUCUGAUAUGCACUGAAAGCUAUUACAGCCAUUUGCAAGUUCUGUUCUGUUCAGUGGGAGGUGUCUCAAAUGCUGCUAUAAAUUCUGCUCCUCCAGAUAUGCAUUGCAGAAGCCAGUUAAAAAGCAUUCCCAGUAAUCUGGUACAAGUAAAGGACUCAGGUCAGAGCAAAGCACUUCUCUACUGUGUGAAUUUCCAGAAGACUUACAUGAACAGCAUUACAGUUUGUUGGCAAAUCCACUUUUGGAAAAAAUAUCAUGAAAUGUUUCUAGAGCAGUUCCCUCUGGAGGAGCAAGGAGCUAAGCCUGAUAGACUGCUACUUCUAACACAACAAGAUGAUGCAAUUGAAGGUGAGGCUUUAGUUGUAAGAUGUCCUGAAAAUGAUUUAUCUGCAAAAGUCACCUGGUAUCACACAGACACAAGGAAAAGAAUUCCUGAAGAGGAAGAGGGAUCACGAGUAUUUUCAAAAGAACUGCUUCUUUGGUUUCUGCCAACUUCUUUAGAGGAUUCUGGAAACUACACUUGUCUUAUAAAUUAUCCAGAUGGGAGCAAAAAAGGGCGCAAAAUGAAUGUUCAGGUGCAUCCAUACAAACAAGGAAUGUGUUUCCCAAGCCGGAUACUUUAUGCAAAUGAAACUAGAAAAGGAAAAAUUUCUUGUCCUACAUUUAAGAAUUAUGAGAACGCUACUAUCAUCCAGUGGUAUAAGGACUGCAGACCUCUACAGGGAGAAAGAUAUUUCAUGCAUGAUCCUUAUAUUUUCAUUGAAAACCUGAAUAAAGAGGACGAUGGUUAUUAUACUUGUCAGUUUAUUUAUACUCACAGAGGAAAGGUGUUCAAUGUAUCAGCAACAAGGAUCUUUAUAAGUGAAGCAAAGCACUCAUCUCUACCUGUUCAAAUUUUAUUUCCAAAAGAUGAAGAUGUAAUAGAAGCGGAGCUUGGUGCUGCUUUUUCUCUGAAAUGUCAGGCCCGGUUGGGGAUUAAGAAACAGCCUAUAGCUGUUGUCACAUGGGAUGUGAAUGAGAUGCCAGCAGAAUAUGCAGAUGAAGGAAAAAUUCAUCAAGAAAUUAUUUAUUUUGAAGGACAGCACCAAGAGUACUAUGGAGAGGCAACUUUGACCAUCAGUAAUAUAGAACAUACAGAUUUGCAGUCAAGUUUCUCAUGUGUAGCGAUGAAUGAAAUGGGAAACACAAGGAGCACGGUGACGUUACGACUCAAAGAAAAAUCAGGUCCUAAUGUCCUCAUGAUUGCUGGAUUUCUAGUUCUGUUAAUGUCAGUAGCAGUCUCUGUUGUACUGUAUCAGUCCUUCCGAGUCGAUAUCACCCUGUUGUAUCGGGACUUGUUUCAGGCCUAUUCAGUCAAGGAUGAUGGGAAGAUAUAUGAUGCCUAUGUUAUUUACCCCCGGAACCACACCAGUGAAGCUACUUUUGUAGAAUAUUUUGUUUACCAAAUUAUGCCAGAUAUUCUGGAAAAUAAAUGUGGCUAUAAAUUAUGCAUUUAUGGCAGAGAUACAUAUCCUGGAGAAGAUAAAGCGAAUGCAAUUGAGAAGAGGAUACAGAAGAGCAGACGGUUGAUCAUCCUUCUCACACAGCAGCUGAUUAACUGUCAAGAACUUAACUAUGAUCAACAUAUUGCUUUAUAUAAUGCCCUCAUUCAAAAUGAUACAAAGGUGAUCCUACUGGAAAUGGAGAAGAUGGGGACUUAUGAGAAUCUUCAGGAAUCUCUUAGGUACAUCAUCAAGCGUCAAGGUACUGUCAAAUGGAAAGAGCAGCACACUGUGCACCCACAGUCAUCCAAUUCGAAGUUCUGGAAACACGUGAGGUACCACAUGCCAGUGACGUUCAGAUCCUCAGACCCAGCUAAUGCUGGGUGAGCAGUCUACCCAAGAAAAUGGUACUUCAUCAAGUUGAACCAUCAGUGUAUGAUUUUCUUUUUGCUAUCAGUAGGUACAUUAUUUUGCAGCCUGGACAUAUGUCUGCAUUUUCCCCCACAUCUUUCAGCCACCCGGUUGAGUAACGAUAAGGGAAAUGAAUGGAGAAGGUCUUGGAGCUGAGGGAAUUUUGUUGAGGUUUGAGAACUCUGUAAGUGAAUCAUUCCAGGCAGACAACAGAAUUUUGCACAUCACAGGAAACAGAAUCUACCCAUGCCCUUCCUAUAUAUACUUGUAUAUAUUGCUGAAUUUUUGGUUCUGAAUAUUCUGUAGAUUUACUUUAUCUUUCUAAUACAGUCGAUCAAACAUAAAUGCCUUCUGUCCUAUUUGAUUGGAAAUUAUCAUGUUGUGUUCUUCACUUUAUCCACCAUGUGUUCCUUUUUGAUUCAGUAGUAUUACUCAUACCAUGAAAUUUAAUCUUUCCUUAGCAGGGAUGCUUCAAGAGAGGCUCUUUAGAGACUAAUGUGAAUACAGCAUUUAUUAGAAAUGCAGUCUAAAGGAAAAUGUACACAUACUGAUCGACCAAUAUAUAUUAAAUAUAUUCACACAU